GUCAUAUUUCAAAUAUGGAGGAACUGAACAAGGCUGGACUUUAUAUAGAUGAAAUCUAUAGACUGCGAGUGCAAGAUCCGGCAAUUGCCAAUGAGACGAUCGAGCUGCGGCAGGAGUGCUUGGAGUACUCGAGAAACUUACAGGAUUUCAAGAAACUCUGCGAAGAAUUCUAUAAAAUUGCGUACAACUUCUCAAAAGUUGUGGAGAGCGAGAAACUGCGCGCCAUUGGCACACAAAAUCAGCUGAAGACAAUGGCCAAGCAGCGGCAGACCGAGCAGCAGGUGUACCAAAGCCAGAUCCUGGAGCAAACUGUCGAGCUGGAGCGCCUGAAGAGCGAGUAUCAGUACUUGCAGCGCAUAGAGUCGGAGCAGCAGGAAAUUAUAAACAACUUCUUGAUGAAUCAAUAAAAUAUACCUUCUUAAUAAUACUAUAAU